GAAGAAAAAGUAGCGAUUGCAUUGGCAAUUUAGUAUCGAAUCGACUCUCAGUGGAUAAACUUGAGAAUUCAUUCACUCAUUUCUGAUAAUGAUUUCUCUGACCCAGGUCACCGCAACUUCUGUUGCACUAGGUAUUAUUCUCGUGAUCCUGACCGUUUUGAUGGGAUUCCUCCGUCAUCGAGAGGAAGUUCAACAAUUUUUCGAGGACAGAAAGAAGUUCAUCGAGUUCGCUGGAAAGUUACCCGGUCCGCGAACUUUACCGCUCCUUGGAAAUGCGUUGGCAUUAAUCGACGGCGACAGGGCUAUUUUCACGCUGUCUAAAAUCAGCCGGGAAAUGAAUGGCAUGACGUUCCGAAUUUGGCUGGGACCUCUUUUGAAAGUUGUGGUCCCUGAUCCCGAUGACAUACAGAUUCUCAUAACAUCCACGAAAUCAGCGAACAAGGAUGACAUCUACAGGAUGAUGGAGCCAGGAAUAAUUGGAGCCCUGAUAAAUGCGAAUGGCUCAAUCUACAAAGCUCAGAAGAAACUGAUACAGCCGAUGCUCAAUGGCAGUCUAGUGAUGGACAGGUUCACUAAAUUAUUCAAUUUUAAAUCGCAGACACUCGUUCGACAACUCGAAGAGAAAAUCGGUGGAGGAGAAUUCGAUGUUCGUGAUUAUCUCGCCUUUUACCUUGGCGAUAUUACUUUCGAAACAUUACUUGGACGAUCGGCACUCCUGGAAAAUGGACAAGUAACACCAUUUCUUGCAGAAACGCAAAUAGCCUUGCAUGCCACAACUUAUCGAAUGGCAAGGCCAUGGUUCUACCCCUACUCCAUUUUCCGUCUCACCAAACUGGGAAGUGAAUACGAAGAAAUAAUAAAAAGAGCGCAUGAGUUCAUGGAUAAUGAAAUUUCUGCGGCGAUGAGGAAUCACAAGCCUGCCACCACCGAAGACAUCAUCAAUAUGCCGACAUUACAUUUCCUCGUUGAUUACAUGAUAAAAACUAAUGAGAUCACACCGGAGAACAUUCGAUACCAAUUGAUCAAUCUUUUCCUCGGUAUAUUCGAGACAGUAGAAGGCGUGGCCUGUCUCAUGGUCUUGAUGAUAGCGAUGCAUCCUGAAGUUCAGAGAAAAGCGAGAGAAAAAGUGCUUGCGGUGUUUAAAAACGAGACAAUAAACGAACCAGAGACUAAACAAUUGCAUUAUGUUGAUAUGGUGAUCAGGGAGACCAUCAGACUCUUCCCCGUGGGGCCGAUUUUACCGCGGAAAACUACCGGCGAUAUUAAACUGAGUACAUGCACUGUUCCAAAAAAUUGUUGUGUAAUGAUGCUGCCCUUUGCAGCCCACAGAGACCCAAAACACUGGACUGAGCCGGAUAAAUUUAUCCCUGAGCGUUUCAGUCCUGAAAAUUCAAAAGAUCGUCAUCCUUUUGCAUACGUGCCAUUCAGUGGAGGCCCAAGGAGUUGUGUGGGUCCUCGAUACGCGAUGAUUCUGUUAAAAGUCAUGAUCUCAUCCAUCCUGCGAUCAUAUAAAUUAACGACAACUAUGAAACUCGAGAAUUUGAAAUUAUUCACACACGUAUCAACACGAUCUGCUGAUGGGCACAAGAUUUUCAUCGAAAGGAUCAAAUCGUGAAUUUAUUCAAUCAUUACAUUAAUUUAUGAACAAAUUUAUGGAGCAUUCCCGUUUAUCUUUUGAUAAAUAAAUUGAAUGACGUAAUUAA